AUGCCUCUGCCUGGCUGCCUCCUGCUUGCCCUGGUCCUGCUCCUGGCAGGGUUCCCAGGCUGGGCCUGGGUCCCCAGCCACUGCAGUACCCCCAGCGACACCAUGUGCAACUUUGUGUGUGACUGCAGGGACUGUUCCGACGAGACUCAGUGUGGUUACAAUGGGGCUUCGUCUGCCUGGGGCGUCCCCUUCGCCUGCGACUUCGAGCAGGACUCCUGUGGCUGGCGAGACAUCAGCACCUCCGGCUACAGCUGGCUCCGAGACCGGGCAGGGGCUGCACCCGAGGGUCCCGGGCCACGCUCAGACCACACUCUCGGCACUGACCUGGGCUGGUACGUGGCUGCUGGCACUCACCGUGGGAAAGAGACGUCCACUGCAGCCCUGCGCUCCCCUGUCCUGCACGAGGGGGCCCCUACCUGUGAGCUGAGGCUCUGGUACCACGCAGCCUCUGCAGAUGUGGCUGAGCUUCGGCUGGAGCUGACCCACAGCACCGAGACGCUGACCCUGUGGCAGAGCUCAGGACCCUGGGGCCCAGGAUGGCAGGAGCUGGUGGUGGCCCCUGGCCGCAUCUGGGGUGACUUCUGGGUGACCUUCUCUGCCACCCGAAAUGCCACCCACAGGGGCACUGUAGCCUUGGAUGAUGUGACCUUCUGGGGCUGUGGGCUGCCCACCCCCCAGGCAAGCUGCCCCCUGGGGCAUCACCACUGCCGGAACCAGGCCUGCGUGGAGCCCCACCAGCUGUGCGAUGGAGAGGACAACUGUGGGGACAGCUCCGAUGAGGACACACCCAUGUGCAGCCACUACCUGUCCACUGACUUUGAGAAGGGCCUGGGCCUGUGGGACCACUUGGAGGGCUGGACCAGGAACCACAGUGCCAGUGUCCCUGAACUCCCUGCCUGGCCGCGCCGAGACCACAGCCAGAACAGCGCCCAGGGCUGUUUCCUGGUGUCUGCGGCUCAGCCCAGCGCCCCUGCCGUCCUCCACAGCCCCGAAUUCCAAGCCCCGGGUCCCCACAACUGCUCGCUCAUCUUCUAUUACUACCUGCACGGGUCCGAGGCCAGCCGCCUCCAGCUGUACCUGCAGGCACAGAACCCCAGUGGCCCCCGGGACCCUGUCCUGCUGCGCAGGCGCCACGGGGACCUGGGGGCCGCCUGGGUCCGAGACCGGGUUGACAUCCAGAGCAAACGUCCCUUCCAGAUCCUCCUGGCCGGGCAGACGGGUCCUGGGGGUGUUGUGGGCCUGGAUGACCUCAUCCUGUCUGAUGGCUGCAAACCAGUCCUGGAGGGAUCCCGCUGGCCCCCUGGGCUCUGGGCCCCAGGCCCCAGGCCCCAGCCCACUGGCCUGCAGCCCCAAGGAUCCUGUGAGCCAGGACAUCUGUCCUGUGGCGACCUGUGUGUCCCCCCGGAGCAGCUGUGUGACUUCCAGCAGCAGUGUGAGGGGGGCGAGGACGAGCAGGAGUGUGGCACCUCGGACUUCGAGCUGCCCACCGCCGGGGGCUGGGAGGACACCAGCGUGGGGCGGCUGCAGUGGGGCCGUGUCCCCGCGGAGCAGGGCAGCGGCCCUGGCACGGACGCCGGCGGGGCUGCUGCUGGGCACUUCCUGUCCCUGCAGAGGGCCUGGGGACAGCGGACCACAGAGGCCCGCGUCCUCACCCCCCCGCUGGGCCUCUCAGGCCCCCACUGCGAACUCCACAUGGCUUACUAUUUUCAGAGUCACCCCCAAGAGGUCUCCUGUAACUUCGAGCGGGACCUGUGCGGCUGGCACACAGGCCACCUCACAGAUGCCCACUGGCAUUGGACGGAGAGCCAUGGCCCUGGGUACGACCACACCACAGGCAAAGGCUGCUUCAUGCUCCUGGACCCCACGGACCCUCCAGCCCGGGGCCCUGGUGCCCACCUGCUCACCCAGCCGCAGACACCAGCAGCCCCUCAGGAGUGUCUCUCCUUCUGGUAUCACCUCUAUGGGCCCCAGAUUGGGACACUGCGCCUGGUGAUGAGACAGGAUGGGAAGGGGGACACACACCUCUGGUCGAGGUCAGGCACCCACGGCAACCGUUGGCACGAGGCCUGGGCCACCCUCCACCACCAGACAUUAUCUGGCGCCCAGUACCAACUGCUGUUCGAGGGCCUCCGGGACGGGUACCAUGGCACCAUGGCGCUGGACGAUGUGGCUGUGCGGCCUGGGCCCUGCUGGGCCCCCAAGCACUGCUCCUUUGAGGACUCGGCCUGCGGCUUCACCGGGGACUCCUGGACUCGCCAGGCCAACGUCACGGGCCAUGCCGCCCUGGGCCCCCGAGCUGACCACACUAUGGAGACAGCUCAGGGGCACUACAUGAUAGUGGACACGAGCCCACAGGCCCUACCCCGAGGCCACAUGGCCUCUCUGACCUCAGAGGAGCACAGGCCCCUGACCCAACCUGCCUGCCUGACCUUUUGGUACCACCUGAGCCUCCGAAACCCAGGCACCCUGCAGGUGCACGUGGAGGAGGCGGAGAGGCGCCAGGUGCUGAGCGUCAGCGACCACGGAGGGCUUGCCUGGCGCCUGGGCAGUGUGGACGUGCAGGCCCAGCGGGCCUGGAGGGUGGUGUUUGAGGCCGUGGCUGCUGGCGUGGAGCACUCCUACAUGGCGCUGGACGACCUGCUCCUCCAGGACGGACCCUGCCCUCGGCCAGCUUCCUGUGACUUCGAGACUGGCCUAUGUGGCUGGAGCCACCUGCCCUGGCCUGGCCUGGGUGGGUACAGCUGGGACUGGAGCAGCGGAUCCACACCCUCCCAGUACCCCCAACCCCCUGUGGACCACACCUUGGGCACUGACACAGGCCACUUUGCUCUCUUCGACACUGGCGUGCUGGGUGCAGGGGGCCGGGCGGCCUGGCUGCGGAGCCAGCCUCUGCCUGCCACCAAGGCCUCCUGCCUCCGCUUCUGGUACCGCAUGGACUUCCCCCAGCACUGCUACAAGGGCGAGCUGAGGGUGCUCCUGAGCAGUGCCCGAGGCCAGCUGGCCGUGUGGGGUGCUGGCGGGCGCCAGCGGCACCAGUGGCUGGAAGGCCAGGUGGAGGUGGCCAGUGCCGAGGAGUUCCAGAUCAUGUUUGAAGCCACUCUGGGUGGCCAGCCAGCCCUGGGGCCCAUUGCCCUGGACGACGUUGAGUAUCUGACCGGGCAGCGUUGCCAGCUGCCUGCACCCAGCCAGGGGGACACAGCAGUGGCCAUGGUGGUACCAGCCACGGUUGGCAGCACCCUCCUCCUCCUGCUCCUGGUGCUGCUUGGACUCCUGGGGUGGCAUUGGCUGCAGAAGGGGGGCUACUCCUUCCAGGACAGGACAGCGGCCUCAGCCCCUGGCUUUGACAAUGUUCUCUUCAAUGCGGAUCAAGUCACCCUGCCAGCACCUGCCACCAGUGACCCAUAGACACAGA